ACAAAAUUGAAAUUCACUCUUGAACCAUCUUUAGGUCAAAAUGGUUUUCAGCAGUGGCAUGAUGCGCUCAAAGCAGUGGCCAGAUUGCCGACAGGCAUACCGAAAGAAUGGCGGAGAAAGGUCUGGCUGACCCUAGCUGAUCAGUACUUGCACAGUAUUGCCAUCGACUGGGAUAAAACCAUGCGUUUCACUUUCAAUGAAAGAAGUAAUCCUGAUGAUGACUCUAUGGGCAUCCAAAUAGUAAAGGACCUUCACCGGACUGGUUGCAGUUCUUACUGUGGCCAGGAGGCAGAGCAAGAUCGAGUGGUACUAAAACGCGUUUUGCUGGCUUAUGCCAGGUGGAAUAAAUCUGUUGGCUAUUGUCAAGGAUUUAACAUCCUAGCUGCGCUUAUUCUGGAAGUAAUGGAGGGCAGUGAAGGGGAUGCCCUGAAAAUCAUGAUUUACCUGAUUGAUAAGGUGCUUCCUGAUAGCUAUUUUGUCAAUAAUCUCCGUGCUCUCUCUGUGGAUAUGGCUGUUUUCCGAGAUCUUUUACGAAUGAAGCUUCCUGAACUGUCCCAACACUUAGACACCCUGCAAAGAGCUGCUAACAGAGAAAGUGGAGGAGGCUAUGAACCCCCACUUACAAAUGUCUUCACAAUGCAGUGGUUUCUGACCCUCUUUGCCACUUGCCUGCCUAACCAUACGGUUCUGAAGAUCUGGGAUUCAGUAUUCUUUGAAGGCUCCGAAAUUAUACUGAGAGUAGCUUUGGCUAUCUGGGCAAAGUUAGGAGAGCAAAUAGAGUGUUGUGAAACUGCAGAUGAGUUUUACAGUACCAUGGGCAAGCUGACCCAGGAGAUGCUGGAGGACAGUCUGAUUGACAGCAAUGAGCUCAUGCAGACUGUUUAUACCAUGGCUCAGUUUCCCUUCCCACAACUGGCAGAAUUAAGGGAGAAAUACACGUACAACAUUACUCCUUUCCCUGCAGCAGUAAAAUCAGCUUCACUUUCAGGAAGGCUAGGCAGAACCAGAGACAGUGAUGAGGAGAAUGACCUAGAUGAUGAAGACUCAGUUGCCAAUGCGAUCGGCUGUCUUGGACCAUUAAGUGGAUUUUUGGCACCAGAGCUCCAAAAAUACCAAAAACAGAUGAAAGAUCAGAAUGAAGAACAAAGUCUGGGUUCCAGUAACAUUGCAGAAUUAAGUCCAGGAGCAAUAGACUCGAGCCGAAGCGAGUAUCAUGCCGCUUUUAACAGCAUGAUGAUGGAGCGUAUGACCACGGAUAUUAAUGCACUGAAAAAGCAAUAUUCCAGGAUAAAGAAGAAGCAGCAACAGCAGGUUCACCACGUGUAUAUCAGAGCAGACAAAGGGCCAGUUACCAGCCUCCUCCCUUCUCAGGUAAACCAUUCCCCGGUGAUAAACCAUCUCCUUUUAGGAAAGAAGAUGAAAUUAAAUAACAGGUCUCUCAAAAAUGCUAUUAUUCACAUCCCAAGUCAUGCUACAGGGAAGAUGUCUCCCAUUCCCCAAGAAGAUCUUAAAACAAAACUGAACUCUCCAUGGCGCACUCACAUACGAGUUCAUCGAAAAAAUAUUGCUAGGGCCAAAGGCCAGCUGGGCUAUGGGGAUACCAUAGGACUGAUAGAUGAGCAGAGCGAGAGCUGUAAAACAAAUAGUCCUGGUGCAAAGGAGGAGACUUCAAAACAUUCUGGUGUUGGAGAAAGAGAAGAAGGUGGUUUGGAUGACAGGACUACUCGAACAGCUGACCAGCAGUCAUCUGAGCCAGGCUCUACGGACAGCAGUACAAACCUAUCAGUGGUUCAGCUAAAACUGGAAGCACUGGAACUCACCUCAGAUAACAAAACCGAUGCUGAGUCAACAUCCCAUCAGUCCAGCCAGCCACGUUUAUUGGAGUCCUCCAGUUCAUCCAGCGACAGUGGAAACCUGGCUAAAUCUCCCCAGCCUGGGAACCCAAAACCGCAAGUCUUCAAUCCUUUUCCCAGUGUCAAGCCCCUUCGAAAGUCAGCUACAGCCAGGAAUUUAGGGCUGUAUGGCCCCACUGAAAGAACGCCAACUGUACACUUCCCACAAAUGAGCAGAAGUUUUAAUAAGUCUGCCAGUGGCAGCAGUGGGACCAGGAAACGAUGAUGUACUACCUGGCACUUUCUAUUUAUCACAAAAAAUUUGUAUUGAGGUUGUUUGUUUGUUUGUUUGUUUUUUAAUGUGUGCGUGUGUAUGCGUGUCCCAAAGCAUUUCUAAUCUUCAAUUAAGUAACGGGAACAAAAGUGGUUACCAGAUGUAUAAAUAUGUGUCUUUGAAAAUUGUGCUCCUGUGUUGUUAUGGGAUAGAUUAGUGAAGCUGCACUCUGGCACGCUGUUUUCAAUUCUGAUGGUUCUGUGGUAAAAUAAACACG